CUGCUUAUGUUUACAUUCGCUAAUUUCGCUUGUACUACUAAUCCACUACGUGAUUUCGCUAGCCAAGCUCCUCAAAAUGUCUACUGUAUUUCUCUCUUCGCGAAUAUUGACUCUUGAGGCAAUACGCCAUCCAUGUCGCACUCUCUCUACGACAUCGCGGUGGUCUGCAGACCCAUGGCCCCUUCCGCAUACCCCACAACACCUCUCCAACACUCAAACACCUUCUGAUAUCCCACCGCCUACUCCCCUUCCACGCGCAGGGGAGUCCAAGGAGACGUUGCGUGCAAGACUCGUCUAUCAGAGCAGGAAGCGCGGAACUUUGGAGAGCGACCUUCUGCUGAGUACGUUCGCAAGGGAUCAUCUGAGGCAAAUGGAUGAGACGGAAUUGAAGGAGUAUGACAAGCUACUUGACGAACCGGACUGGGACAUAUACUAUUGGGCGACUGAAGGUCGCACACCUCCUGAGCGGUGGGUAAAGUCACCCGUGCUGGAGAAGCUCAGGAUACAUGCGAGGAAUGAGGGAAAGGUUGUGCGCAAGAUGCCUCCGUUGUAGACGUAUCAGUGAAUCUACAACCGUGUUCUAUCAUUUCCCCACUUUGCAUAGAGUGUCUAAACUGAACACGG